UCACGGUGCGCACAUUACAUUUUAAAACGUGGUUUUAUUUAUGUCGGUUUUUAAUUUUAUACAGAUAUUUUUUAAUUUUUUAAUUUUUUAAUAUUCACUUGGUUAUGGAUGUUUUUGAAAUCAUUCUUGGAACUUACGAAUCAUUUGUGAUUGGUGUAAAAUGUCGUUUCAAAAGCCAACAAUCUAAAGAUCUAGAACUGGUGCAAUCGUUUAAUGAUCAUGUUCAUCAAGCUAGUAUCCGUUCAGUGUCGUGUUCGUCCAAAUAUAUGGCAUCAAGUAGUACAGAUGAGACUAUAGAGAUAUAUAAUAUGAUCAGGCGAUGUCAUGUGCAUACAAUACUACAGCACAGUGGCACAGUAACAUCUUUAACGUUCACACCAGACGAUUCACAUUUAAUCAGCACUAGUGAAGAUGGUUCAAUAGCAAUGUUUGAGACGGGCACAUGGAAACUUAAAAAGCUUUGGGAUAAAGCUCAUAAAGGAUCAGCCGUUUCUUUCUUAGCAGUUCAUCCUAGUGGUAAACUAGCAUUAUCUGUUGGAAAAGAUAAAACUCUAAGAACGUGGAAUUUAGUGAAAGGUAGACCUGCAUACACUACAAAUCAGUCUAGUAUGAGUGCUUAUUACUUUUUUGAUAAUAUCAUUUGGUCUCCAGCUGGACAGUAUUAUGGUCUACCUUUAAAUACCAAGUUAAUGAUUUUUAAUGUGGAAACUGCAGGUAUUGCUUGUACAAUCGAAGACAAUCAUAAAAUACAUGGUAUUACAUUUAUAACGGAAAAUUUGGUAUGCUAUGGCUCAGAAAAUGGUUCACUGCAUUGUUAUGAUAUUAUUAAUAAAAAAAGUGUAUGGGAAGUAAAAAUUGGAGAUACUAGAGUAAAAUGUUUGAUCAAAGUUGAUAAUAGACUUGUAUCAGCAUUGAGUGAUGGCCACAUUUCUGUAUGGGAACUCGAUGGUAGUAAAAAACCUACUGAAAGUUGUUCAUUGUUUUUAGACUGCAGAAUUACUUGUAUUUGUAACAAUUCCUUAAGAAAAUCAAAGAUGGUAAAAGACGAAUCUGAUGAAGAAGUCGAAGUUAAGGAUGAUACUAUUAUUGGUAUAAGUAUUCCUAAUAAGACACAAAAUAUUAAAAACAAAUUACCAAUUAAUGAAGUUCAAAACACUAUUAUUAAGAAGAAAAAAAGUUUAUCAAACAAUUGGGAAGUUAGUGACAAUGUAUAAUGUAUUAAAAAAUAAUUGUAAUAAAAAAUGUCUUUAAAUA